CAUAUCAGGCUUAACUCAACACAAACAUGGCAACAUCACCAUCUUUUUUCGAAGUUCUUAAAUCCGAGCUUUCCAUUGAUAUUGAUACGGUGCCUUUUAAGAUCUUUUUCACGUUGGUAUACGGAGGACUCGCAGGCCUCACUAAUUUCUCUUCUCUUUAUUACACACAGUUAGGGCUUUCUCCGCAGGAAAUUGGAUUAGUAUCCGCAGUUCGUCACACCUUCAGUAUUGUGGUGCUGCCUUUAAUCGGUCCGGUUGUAGAUUUUAAAGAGUACAGGAGAAGCCUUCUUGUAAUUUUCAUCGUUAUAUUUACUUGCUGUAUUACACCGAUUGGAUUCAUACAGAAACCAAGAUGGUGCUGCAGCCAAAAUGAAACGUCAAAUAUGUCUUUUGCUCGGAGAUAUUCCUUUCCCCCGGGAUGCUGCUCUGAGACUGACGACAAUUACUGCUACCAGUCUGUGACGUCUUUUGGACAACCCCAAAUUGGAUAUAUUGUGUCGGAUGUCUUCAAAGCAUUUAUCAUAAUAUGUGCUCUGAAUGGAUUAGGAGAUAUGUGUUGGAUGACUAUUCGUGUAACUUCUGAUGUGUCAUUAGCACAAGCUCUAGGGGGAAAUAGCGAUCGUUAUGGAACAUCGAAAGUGUUUGGCGCAAUCGGAGGGGCCUUAUUUGCACUGAUGGCGGGAUAUCUCAUUGAUCGAUCAACUGCUGAGGUCAAACGAUGUGGAACUGAAUUUCAACAAUAUAACUAUUCAUACAUUUUCGUAGCAAACGCUGUCCUCAUGGCACUGUCAGCAAUUAUCGUACUUUUCUUUCCCAAGUACAAUGGCAAUAGUCAAAAUACAAACAGAUGCCCUACCUUUGACUGGAAAGAGUGUAUAUCGUCGUUACUAAAGUUCAGUUACAUCAAACUGUACGUCAUCUCGUUUCUCUUUGGAACUCUCAAGGCGUCAUCUCUAACUGCAUUCGCAUAUAUCUACCUCAGGGAAGUUGGAGGCAGUAAUAUUCUUGUUGGUGCAGCGGCAACUCUAGGUAUUGUAUCCGGGAUCGUCGCUGGGUUCUGUAGCUCUUAUUUGAUUCGUCGUUUUGAACACAAAUUACUGUACGCAUCGUUCCUCAUAACAGUAUUAGUGAUGAUGAUAUACAGUUUACUGGAAACUAAUUGGUUGAUUAUUAUAGCCAGUCUAUUGAUGGGCGGUACACCAAUUAUCGAAUGGAACGUCUGUGUGUUCAUCAUGCGGAAAAUAGUAGACGACAAACAGACAGGAACUGCCUACAGUUUAAUGACACUCACUACAAAGAUUGGCAAACUGAUUUCUUCAGUUCUGGCUGGUUAUUUGUAUAGCAUAUAUGGACCUACUUGGCUGUUUCGUAUCUUUGCUGCAUUUUCCUUUGUAGCUGUUGGCAUAACCUAUAUAAGCUUCCGAUCAAUUUCCCAUGAAAAAAAUGAGGGUGACAACGACACAGAUUCGAAGACUGACGCAGAGACAGAGGAAACCAGUCUACUUACAGCCACCAGGCCAGUCGCGGUUUUACCAGAUGUCAGUGUAGAUUGUGAUAUUCAGAGGGUCCAGCCAAAAUAAAGAGACUAUAAAAUACGCCAGACUGAAUCAUUUAAAAGCAUCACUUUUUAACAAAAAAAAUCAUCAAUAUGCUGAAAAUCAUCGUCUUUAAAUU